UCCAGUCCUGGACAGAACAGAUCUCUCGCAGUUUAUUUCUACCACCUCUUUCUCUCUCCCCGACUCUACAACUGCUAUCAUCAGAACUCAAAGGACAGACCUUGAAAUGGGUGUGUCACAAAACAGCAUUGAUAUGGAGGAAGGGACGCUGGAGAUUGGCAUGGAGUAUAGAACCGUCUCUGGAGUGGCUGGACCUCUAGUUAUCCUUGAUAAAGUUAAGGGACCAAAAUAUCAAGAGAUUGUUAAUAUUCGUUUAGGCAAUGGAACAACCCGACGUGGUCAGGUCCUAGAAGUUGAUGGGGAAAAAGCAGUUGUUCAGGUCUUUGAAGGAACAUCUGGAAUUGACAACAAAUAUACAACUGUGCAAUUUACUGGGGAGGUGUUAAAAACUCCCGUCUCUUUGGACAUGCUUGGGCGCAUUUUCAAUGGCUCUGGCAAACCAAUUGACAAUGGUCCUCCAAUAUUGCCUGAGGCUUAUUUAGAUAUAUCUGGGAGUUCUAUCAACCCUAGUGAGAGAACCUAUCCUGAAGAAAUGAUUCAGACAGGGAUUUCUACAAUUGAUGUAAUGAAUUCAAUAGCUAGAGGACAGAAAAUCCCGCUUUUUUCUGCUGCUGGUCUUCCCCAUAAUGAAAUUGCUGCUCAGAUAUGUCGCCAGGCUGGUUUAGUAAAACGAUUGGAGAAGUCUGAUGACCUUCUUGGGGAUGGGGAAGAAGACAAUUUUGCAAUUGUAUUUGCAGCCAUGGGUGUAAACAUGGAGACUGCACAGUUUUUCAAACGUGACUUCGAGGAAAAUGGUUCCAUGGAAAGGGUGACCCUUUUUCUGAACCUGGCAAAUGACCCGACAAUUGAACGCAUUAUCACUCCUCGUAUUGCUCUUACAACUGCAGAAUAUUUGGCAUACGAGUGUGGCAAGCAUGUUCUUGUGAUACUCACAGAUAUGAGUUCUUAUGCUGAUGCCCUUCGUGAGGUUUCUGCUGCCAGAGAAGAAGUACCUGGGAGACGUGGAUAUCCCGGGUAUAUGUAUACUGAUCUGGCCACAAUAUAUGAACGUGCUGGAAGAAUUGAAGGAAGAAAAGGUUCUAUAACGCAAAUUCCAAUUCUAACAAUGCCAAAUGAUGACAUUACACAUCCUACCCCAGAUCUUACAGGAUAUAUCACUGAGGGGCAGAUAUACAUUGACAGGCAGCUUCACAACAGACAGAUAUAUCCACCAAUCAAUGUCCUUCCAUCACUAUCUCGACUGAUGAAGAGUGCCAUUGGUGAGGGGAUGACUCGCAGGGACCAUGCUGAUGUGUCUAAUCAGCUAUAUGCAAAUUAUGCCAUUGGGAAGGAUGUACAAGCAAUGAAAGCUGUGGUUGGUGAAGAAGCACUUUCUUCAGAGGACCUGCUAUACCUGGAGUUCCUAGAUAAAUUCGAGAGAAAAUUUGUUACCCAAGGAGCAUACGACACCCGAAACAUCUUCCAAUCACUUGAUUUGGCAUGGACAUUGCUUCGCAUCUUCCCUCGUGAGCUUCUCCACCGUAUUCCAGCAAAAACCCUUGACCAGUACUAUAGCCGAGAAGUAGCUAAUUGAAGGAAGCAAGCUCCGCUGGUCUCAGACUGUGUGCUUUAUUGUCUCUCUCAGAGUUUAUUUAUUGCCUGCUUUUGGUUCAUAGCUUUUCCCUAUCUUCAUAAAUAAAAAUGACUUUAAUCCAGUUAAGUUCCCUUCAAAAGUUCUUUGGCUAGUCAAGAGGAAACCAAAAUUCUUUCAAAUAUUACUAUUACUUUAGAUCUUGUAAAUUUUGUACUCUGUUCUUUAGAGCAAAACCUGAUUAUGCCUUGGAUUUUGGAUAUAAAACUUUUUGGUUAAUGAAAUUAGGGCUAGUAGGAAUUGUGAAGCCCUAUGUGAUGCUCGUUAUUUACUGUGGUCUGUUUUGGAUUUUGUUUUAUUUUAAAGGAAAUACAGAUCUAGUGCUUGU